AUGCUUACCGUGAAGGACCCAGUGGCAGAAAUAAGAGGAGCAGGACCCAGUGGCAGAAAUAAGAGGAGCGCUGAGAGAUUCACAGUCUUGCACGAGGAUUCCAGUUCCGAGAUUUGUGCCAGUGGACACCCAAAGGACACUGAUGGCAAUGCAGAGAUAACACAGUCUGUUUAUCUAGAUGCUACUGUUGAUGUGAAGACUGAAUGUCCUUACAGUCGCCUCUAUGUUGCCAAAUCUGAUACGUUGUCUACAGCUUUCUCAGAAGUUCGACACAACAAUUCAACAGUCUCAGAGAUUGAACAGAAUUCAACAACAUUCUCAGAGAAUGGACAGAAUUCGACAACAUUCUCAGAAGUUAGACAGAAUCCUACAACAUUCCCAGAUAAUGGACAGAAUCAUAGAACAUUCACAAAUGUUAGACAGAAUUCAACAACAUUCUCAGAGAAUGGACAGAAUUCGACAACAUUCUCAGAAGUUAGACAGAAUCCUACAACAUUCCCAGAUAAUGGACAGAAUCAUAGAACAUUCUCAAAUGUUAGACAGAAUCCAACAACAUUCUCAGAGGAUGGACAGAAUCCUACAACAUUCUUAGAGGUUGGCCAGAAUCCUAGAACAUUCUCAGAGGUUAGACAGAAUCCUACAACAUUCUUAGAGGAUGGACAGAACCCAACUACAUUCUUAGAGGAUGGACAGAAUCCUAGAACAUUGUCAAAUGUUGGACUAAAUCCUACAACACUCUCGGACAUUGGACAGAAUCCUACAACAUUAUCGGACAUUGGACAGAAUCCUACAACAUUCUCAGAGGUUGGACAUAAUCCUACAACUUUCUCAGAAGUCAGACAGAACAAUCCAUCAGUCUCAAACAUUGGACACAGUAAUCCACUUGAAGUGUCUCUGAGAUGCAGCAGAUGUUCAGAUGUGUUCACAGAGCCCGCCAGACUGAGGCAGCACGUGCACGAUAACCACCCGUCCUCACGGCAGCAGCAGCAGCAUAGCUGUGGAGUGUGCAGGAAGACAUUCAGUGAGAAGCGCUACCUGCACGCACACCUGAACCGGCACUUCGGCAGGAAGAAGCACGUGUGUGGGCUAUGUGGCUGGAAAUUCUUUGAGCGCCAUAAGCUGACUCUCCACCAGGAGACACACAAGACGGCCGAUCAGCGCAGACUACCUUACCGGUGCGAGGUGUGUCUGCACCAGUUCCACAACCGUGCCACCUGGAGCGACCACAUGAACACGCACACGGGGGCCAAACCCUUUGCAUGUUCUGCAUGCCCGGCCAAGUUCGCCCACAGGAUCGGGCUCAAGCGACACUGGCUCGUCCACGACAAGGAGACUCCAUUCAAAUGCGUCUACUGCGAGAAGGGCUUCAAGCUGAAGACCAAGCUUCAGGACCACCUUACAGUGCACACUGGGAAGGGCAGACACACGUGUCAUGUCUGCCAGAAAGUCUUCACGGCGUCUACUUCGUUGAAGCGGCACGUCUUCACGGCGCACUGGGAGAGCGACGGUUCGGGGCAGGAGGUCGUCUUCAUGUGCUCCAAGUGCGGCUCGGUGUUCCAGACUCUCACCGAGAUGGAGGAACACACCACGACCGCAUGUACGUGCCAGGCACAGGUCAAGAUGGAGGUCGAAGAUCCGUCCAGCGGUGAUCUAGCUAAUCUGGUGGCCAUGGAGACCACUUUGGUGAUCCACCAGACGGAAGAGCCGGAGGAAGGCGACAGCGAUGCCCAGUUGCAGUGUCUGCUCUCAUCACUGCAGAAUCCGGAGGGAGGUAACUCUUCUGGUGUAGGGGCAGAUAACUCUACAAUGGAUGAGGUAGAGCAGAUGAAGCUGGCAGCCAGCACCCUAGCAGACUUGUAUUCAUAUGCCCAAGAAAUCAAAAAGGAAAAAGAGUGA